AUGUCUUCUGCUUCGAACAACCUUUCCUCCCCCAAAGCUCCGGGGGCUGCUUUUUCCUCCCACCCCUUCUCUAGAUCCACCAACAGUAGCAUCAGGUCCUGGGCCGAUAUUCUCGCAGGUCCUCCUCCUCCCAACACUCCUGAGGUUCCUCGCACACCAAAGUUCCAGACUGUCUGCGACCAUGAGCUCUCUGAGAUCCCCACGCUCACUCUCAGCGAACCCCUUCUGCCUCUGGACAGGUCAAUCACCUCCCUCGGUUUUGCAGACUGGCGUAACGUGAACUAUGAUGGAUUCUCAGAUCCGCCAUCGGUCUUCACGUGUUGGAACAUGGGCGUUCCUGGACUCGAUGUCUAUGGAUACCCUCUCGAUGGCUAUCCCUGGAGAGCGACCUAUGAAAGAGCACCCACUCCACAGCCUCUGGUCGACGAACAACCCACUCCAUCUCGCAUUGUCUAUACUGCGCGGGCUGUUGCGUAUGACACUAUCACCAAACUCCCUUCCCCGGUGACGACAACUCGCACUUCGAAAAUGAUAAGCUUGCUUGAAGACAUCGACGCAAUGACGAUCUCCAGAAUUCCAAUGGUCCAGAAGAAGUCCGAAUAUGUCAGCAAACCUCACCCUCGCGGGCCCAGAGUGAAGGAAACGUCACAGCAGAGAAGCGAGAGGAGAAGGAGAAACGGUGGCCGCAAGCGCAAUGCGACGUGGCUGGCUAGACAUGAACUCUACAAGGCCAAAAAGAAGCUCGAAGAGGGAUAA